UCGGACGGGUGGGUUCCGGGGAGAGGGAUACAGUGGGUGUUGAUAGGGGACAGAGGGGCAAAGAAGCACUUGUACGCCGAGAGGCUCUCGAAGCUUCUGGAAGUUCCGCACAUUUCUAUGGGCACCCUCGUCCGCCAGGAGCUCAACCCUCGCUCUUCUCUCUACAAGAAGAUUGCCAAUGCGGUGAAUGAAGGAAAGCUUGUUCCGGACGAAGUGAUUUUUGCAUUGUUGUCAAAGAGGUUGGAAGAAGGAUACUACAGAGGUGAAAGCGGAUUCAUUCUUGAUGGAAUUCCUCGAACAAGAAUGCAAGCUGAGAUUGUUGACCAAAUUGUGGAUAUUGAUUUGGUAGUGAAUUUCAAAUGCACGAAUGAGAACUUGGUGAAGCAGAAUCUAGGAACUGGAAGCUCCUCUGCUUGUCAGGAAUAUCUUAGCUUGAGCAACUCCAUCCCCAUGCGUAAUCUAAAUCUGCAGUUGCCGGACGAACGACUAAAAUCCUCCACUGCUGAUGCAGAGCAGAGCAAGUCGUUGGAAGAUUACUACAGAAAACAGAACAAACUCAUCGAUUUUCAAGUCAAAGCUGCGCCCGGAGAAACCUGGAAGGGGCUGUUGGCUGCUUUACAUCUCCAGCAUAUAAAUGCUGUCAGUUCUUCCCAGAAGCUAACUGCAUGAAUUAGGCUUCUUCUGGGUCUUUUUCGGCUUCCUUUUUCUUGUGCAUUCCGGCAGAGUGUAGUAAAUAUAUAAGAUGUGAGAAUUACAGAGUUGGUUGAAUAUUCAACUUGGUUUUGAAAGAAAUUUUGGUCUUGUAAGUGUUAUUUUUAUCGUGUGGCUUGCAACAUUAGGAUGCAAGUUUGUAAUGUAGUGAGUGAGAGAUGAAAACUGAGAAGCAGAGAAGACGUUUGAUGAAUAAAAGUAA